GCACAUAUCGAGGGAUGAUCUACCUACUCGAAAUGAAUGGGAUUUACGGCAUAGUAAGAACUAAAAAAGUGAGCUUCUUCUGCCUCCUCCCCUUUCCCCUCCCCUUCCCGUGGUCUUAUUGUUUCUCUCCCCACUCCGUCCAGCCGCCGAGAGGAACAAUCCGCUUGAAUCCUCCCUCGCUGGUAGUACUAGAGCACAAAUCCAGUCCAAUCCGAUGCACUACGAUCCAACCAACCACCAAAUCGAAGCUAACCACGCCGGCCGGAGGGGGAUCGAGGAGGAGGAGGCAAGAGUCGGAUCCGGCGAUCGACGGGCCACACGCCGGAGGUGCGGGGCGGAGCCGGAGCGCCGGAGGAGCCGCGGCCUCGGAGCAUCUCGGCGACUGGUUCUAGCUAGCUAGGGUUUCGAUCCAUCAACCGGGCCCCCAAUCCCGGCCAUGGAGCUGCCGCCGCUCAAGCUCAACGUCGCCCGAGGCGAGGACAGGAUCAGCGCGCUUCCCGACGAGCUCCUCCUCCGGAUCCUCGAGCGGCUCGGCCUGCGCCGGGCGAUCCGCGCCAGCACGGUCUCCAAGCGGUGGCGCCACCUCCCUCACCAGCUUUCGUUCGUGACACUCGACGUCCGCAGCUUCCGCCGGGCCACGCUGGUAGAGACCAUGGACGCGUUCACGGCCGCUUUGACGUCCGUCUGUGCCAGGCGCAACUGCGAGUGCCAGCGCGGCCGUGCCAUGGCUAUGAAGGCCAUCUGCCUCCGCUUCUUCCUGUCGUCGGCCUCUCAUCCGAGCUCCAUCGGCAGUGCUUCUCAAUGACGAGUGCUUUGCAUCUCAAUUUUCGCCACCAAAUGAUAUGGAUUCACCCGGAACAUCCCAAGCAUCUCACUGCCAUAUUCAGAAAUCUUACUGAAGUGUCUUUUUCUGGUAUCUUCCCUGAGUGUGAUCUGAGCUGGACCCUAUUUAUCCUCGAAGCUGCACCUGCCCUGCACAAGUUUACAUUAUCUCGAGAGCGGCAUGCAUGUGACAUACCGUCUCAGGACAGUGCCGAGAAGACCAACAUGGUGUGGGAACCAUCCAAGGAUUUGAAGCACCUAAAGUUGAAGUUGCUCCGGAUGUACGGUUUUGAGGAUGAAGACAAAGUGACAAACUACAUAAGGCUAGUCAUGGAGCGAGCUGUGGGGCUGAAGAGAAUCGAGUUGCGUGGUGAAGUCCCAUGUGAGAAAUGCGAUGCCAUUUACCCAAGGAGAUCCCAGGUGGAUAAAGGUCGCAGGCGUCGGAUCAAGGAGCGACUCACACAUGAAUCCUCCUCGGCCGUGGGGAUGAUUAUGCUCGUAGCGGCUAUGCCCGCGCGAUAGGGAUCGAACCGUCCCGCUGGUGAACGAUUGCGCCUAACCACCAGAGCUCAUGAGCUUUCGUGUUAUGGCGCGCCCAGUAAUAAUUUAAUUUCUAGGUACUGAUAGCCUGAGAGUACUUGAUCAGUGUGGACCUUGCAGUGUAGCUAAAUUGUGUGUGCUGCAAUCUGGAUGCAUGUUAUUCUUUUGAGUACUUGCAUACUGUACUUGCAUAGUGUACUUGCAUCA